CCGUCUCCUGCAGGUGCUGGUCAUCCCAUGAAGCCUCACCGUUUGUCCCUCACCCACAGUCUGGUGUUGCACUAUGGCCUCUAUAAGAAGAUGAUGGUUUUCAAGCCGUACAAAGCCUCUCAGCACGACAUGUGUCGGUUCCACUCUGAAGAUUACAUAGACUUCCUGCAGAAGGUCAGCCCCAACAACAUGCAGGGCUUCACCAAGAGCCUGAACACCUUCAACGUAGGAGAUGACUGUCCUGUGUUUCCAGGUCUGUUUGAGUUCUGUUCCAGAUACACCGGAGCGUCUCUGCAGGGCGCCACGCAGCUCAACCACAAGAUCUGUGACAUCGCCAUCAACUGGGCUGGAGGUUUACAUCACGCCAAAAAGUUUGAGGCGUCGGGGUUUUGCUACGUGAACGACAUCGUCAUCAGCAUCCUGGAGCUUCUAAAGUACCACCCCCGCGUUCUGUACAUCGACAUCGACAUUCACCAUGGCGACGGGGUCCAGGAGGCCUUCUACCUGACGGACAGAGUCAUGACCGUGUCCUUCCACAAGUACGGGAACUACUUCUUCCCGGGAACAGGUGACAUGUACGAGGUGGGGGCCGAGAGCGGCCGCUACUACUGCCUGAACGUCUCGCGGCGAGACGACAUCGAUGACCAGAGUUACAGGCAGCUGUUCCAGCCGGUCAUCAAGCAGGUGGUGGAUUUCUACCAGCCCACCUGCAUCGUCCUGCAGUGUGGAGCCGAUUCUCUAGGCUGUGACAGACUGGGCUGCUUCAACCUCAGCAUACGGGGACACGGGGAGUGCGUGGAGUUCGUGAAGAGUUUUAAGAUUCCUCUGUUGGUGCUCAGAGGAGGAGGGUACACUGUGAGGAACGUGGCUCGCUGCUGGACCUACGAGACGUCUCUGUUGCUGGAGGAGUCCAUCAGUGACGAGCUGCCGUACAGAAACUUUACUUACUGUAUACACUUAAAGAAAUAUCUAGUUCUGGCGCCAUCUGCUGGAAGGUCAGGUUAGUUACAGGUGCUGGUGGUGAG